AUGAACAGAUUGCUGUUGAAAGUGCUCUGUCUGGCAGCCUGCGCGCUCGCGGUGAGCAGCACGCCCGCACCGGAGACUGAAGCGCACGCGCACACCACCGCUCCCCGGGAAUCGUGCGCAUCGUGCGGUGGAACGCAGCCUACAGACCCGGAGCGCAUGGAAGCGGGAUUGGUGGAUGCCGUGAAGAGGCACAUCCUGAGCCGGUUGCAGAUGACGGAGCGACCGAACAUCACACAGUCCAUCCCCAAAGCGGCGAUGGUGACCGCGCUGCGCAAGCUGCACGCCGGGAAGGUGCGCGAAGACGGCAGAGUGGAGAUCCCAGAAAUGGAUGGGCACGCGAGCUACUCCAAUGACGUCGAGGAGGAGACGUCAGAGAUCAUCAGUUUCGCAGAGACAGAUGACUUGCUGUCAUCAAAGACCAGCCUUUUCUUCGUUGUCUCCAAUGAGGGCAACCAGAAUCUGCACGUGUCUCAGGCAAACCUGUGGCUGUACUUUAAACUGCUGCCUCGCCCCUCAGAAAAGGCCCCUAGAAAAAAGGUUAUGGUUAAAGUGUACUACCAGGAACCAGGCCUGGGCAGCAAGUGGAACCUAGUGGAGAAGCGUGUGGAGCUGAAACGCAGUGGCUGGCACACGUUCCCUCUGACUGAUGCAGUGCAGCUGGUGUUUUCCAAAGGUAGCCGACGGCAGAACCUGGACGUUCGUUGUGAAGGCUGCGAGAAAGCAGGAAUCCUUCUGGCGUUGGUAAACCCGGCUGACGAGUCCCACCGUCCAUUUCUAGUGGUGCAGGCACGUGCCACAGACAGCAAACAUCGCAUACGGAAGCGCGGCCUGGAGUGCGACGGGACCAGUGGCCUGUGCUGCCGACAGCAGUUCUAUAUCGACUUUCGCCUUAUAGGUUGGAACGACUGGAUCAUCGCUCCUUCGGGGUACUAUGGCAACUAUUGCGAGGGCAACUGCCCAGCAUACAUGGCAGGUGUGCCAGGGUCAGCAUCGUCGUUUCAUACCGCCGUGGUGAAUCAGUACAGAAUGAGAGGAAUGACGCCAGGAUCCAUGAACUCCUGCUGCAUUCCCACCAAACUCAGUACCAUGUCCAUGCUGUAUUUUGACGACGAGUAUAACAUCAUCAAGCGUGACGUGCCCAACAUGAUUGUAGAAGAGUGUGGAUGCGCUUGACCUGGGAUUUAUAAGACAGGGACUGAUGACUUUAAAUAAAAGAAUUAUAGUUAGAAAUUAUAUUUAUAAACAGCUGGGUGCAAACAAUGUAUGCCCAUACUUCCAUGCAUGCACAAAGUUUUGUACAUAUAUUUAUGUUGGGUAAUACCAUCCUGGUUAGUCUUUUCGAGCGAGACAUGAUCUUGUAACAUGAAUACACAUUUGAAUACAC